AAGGGGGCGGUGCCCGGGCUUGGAACCCGUUAAUAACUGCUUGCAGUUCUAGUUAUUAUUGUUAUUAUUAUUCUGAUCAGUAGAGCAGAGGAAGGCUUUUUACUCAUAACUCAACCUUUUAUAUUUUGUAACAGUUUGGCAUUUGGUCACACAUCAUCUGCAAAGUCCCACAAACACACAGCUCCAUCUGGAAGUCAAAGCUGCUUAAAUAUAAAUAGAUGAAGUCUGAGUGGCUUCCUUCACCUAUAUUAUGUCUAAAAGCUGCAACGUGGUUAGGGCCAAAGUGUUCCAAACCAAACUAAGAAUUACAUUUAUUAUCAACAAAUCCAAUUAAAGUUUCUGUUACAAGCUGUCACCAUUGUUGCGUCUAAAACAUUUUAUCAUGCAGUGCUGCUCCUUAUUAUGAGCGGGAAUGCGCUGCUGUUACAUUACAGCCACCAGGGGGAGUAGUGUCACUUCUGUUAAAAAACACCACAAAGCCUCAUUCAGCAGAUCCAAAGUGUGUCAUAUGACUUUAAAUAACUAAAUGGUUGGACGGCAGGUCUUACGUCGGAGGAUGUGGAGACAGAACAGACAGAAGUCUGGUUCUUCAGAGCCUCUAUGUAAAGCUGCUGCUAUUCUCAUGUUAAAAAUGGGUGUAAGAUCUGGUCCACAUCUCAGUUUUGUUCCUCCGGUUGUUGUUCUUACAUACUAACAAACAGAACUAAUUUCCUUUAUACUUUCUUUGCAAUCUUUCAGUGGUACUCAUCAUUAGUUUUUCAAGCUCUUCGAAUUUCUUUUUGCAUUUUAACUGCUUCUUGCACUAAUUUUAUCUCCAGUCCUUUUUACAACCAUUUUACAAAUCACUGCAGUGUAUUUGUAAAGGACUAGACAGUGGACAAGAGAGGAAACAGAAACAUGACAAUUAAUCUAUCCCUUGCAAAAGAUCAGAACAGAGCCUCCUGUGUAGAUGAGGAAUGAGGAAGAAAAUCUAGCAAAUAACCUGACAGGUUCUGAGAAAUUAUCCAUCCCUCUGUUGAAAGAUUAAAUGGCAAGUUUUCAGCUAACAGCUCUGUUGGACCUGAACUCCUUUUUUUCUCUGUCAAACAGUUUUACUUGGAAUUUUCAUAACAUGCAUAUUUACAAGUUGAAUAUGGUGAAUGAUAAGCACUAACUUAAAGCUUGUUUUGAUUUAUGAAGAAGACACAGAGUGUCUGUGACUAAAGAUCUUGUUUGGAAUAGGACUAUCUGCUAAUUUGCCUGUUUUUAUAGCUGAAGCACUUGCGUUUAUGUCUAAAUGGUUAAAAAAUCAGACUGAGGGGACUAAAAAAUCCUUCAAUCCAGGUAUUGAACUGAAAAUUAGUAAAAAGUAGCUAAAGUCCAAUGAAAAACUUUGACAGAUAUUCAAAAAGUCUGAAUAACUGUUGAUCAAGACCACUUGUGCAAGGACUGCUGGGUUGGUAUCUGGAUCAGGACUUUUGCACAAUGCAUUGUUUUUGUUAUAGACUUUAAAAAUACUGUUUGUAGUUGUAAUCACUGAACUGCAUGUAUGAGUUUGGUGGUCAUCCUCCUGAAUAUUUGCUGCUGCUGUUCUCACACUGAGGGUAUCCUUCAGAUGGUAAAUUAAAAGCCUUUCUCUUAACUUGAACGGAGGUGAGAAAGAAAAGAAAUUUUAUGUUUUUUUUGAAAGAGGGCAUGUUAUGUUUGUUGUGCAAGAAAAGCAACAGCUCUUCUUUAAAUUCUUGAAAGCAAACAGGAUAUGUAAGAUAUGGAAUCUGUCUGUAUAACACAAAACCUGGACGGCUAUGAGCACCAGAGGUAUUCUACCAGAAAACGGACGGAACUGACUGACUCCUUUGUGCUCUCACUCUGAUACUGGAGAAAAUGAAUCCUUUUUGUGCCUUGUUACACGACAGUGAUAUGGCACAGUAAAUAAUUUGAUAGUAGUUUGGGAUGAGAUCCGAGCAUCAAACUACGUCAGAAGUGAAGGAGGGGCAUUGCAGCUGCUGAUGUCCCUUCCAGCUCCCUCAGUAUAAGUUUGCAGAUCUGCCGAGGUCCUUCCACUCAGACAGGAUGCACCCAUCAUGUUGCCGCACUACCACAACACUUACACUCAAGGUGUUGUGUGUUCGGAUCUGUGUGUUCUACAGCAGCAUGUGUCUGGCAUGUUGGCCCCUCUCAUUGGAGGCCGCCCAACUUCGCUGUGGCUCUGAGCUGCUCAGUGACCUCUUAUUUGUCUGCGGGGACCGUGGAAUCUAUCUAGGUAAAGGUUCCUGGUCCGGUUAUGGUCCUCGGCCCAGGGGGAAGGGGAUAGUAGACCAGUGCUGCAAAUCCUCUGGCUGUGAACUUUACCAUCUGGAGAUGUAUUGUGCCAAACCAAAAGCCAAGAAGCUAAUUACAACUUCCACAACCACAACUUCAACCAAAGCAACACACACGACCACUCCCGUGCUAGACAUGUUCGAAGCUGUGUUUCGGAAGAGAUUCUUGGAGAACCUGGGAGCACCCAACAGCCCAAAAAGAGAAGCUUACAGAAAAAAACCUCUUUCAUCAUUUCCAUGGAAAAGCAAAACUUCAUCAUCACACAGGAGACUAAGCAUGCAGAAUUCAACCAGCUGGCCUCUUUCAGUCUUAAGAAGUUCCAUCUGAAGAGAUGCAUAAAGUUGAUUUUUACUAGCUUCUAAAUCUUUAGGACACUUUAAAAUUGAAAGAUUUGAUGUCAACUUCUCUGGUAAAGUAAGGACCAUUGCAGUCAGAUAAUAACCCUGGAGAACCUUUGAGUCAGCAGGUCUAGUGGGCUACAAACCCAUUGGCAACUAAGACAUCAGGACCAAGCAUACCACUGAACUGCUUCCAGACCAGUAAUCAUGGAGCUCUCAUUUUCUCUUAGACUUUUCGUCAUUAUUACACCAGAAGAUGUCCUGGGACACCGUACUGAUUUUUUUACUUUAUUGUUUCCACCUUUCUGCAUUCAGUAUUUCUAGGUUUAAAGACUUAGUGGUGCGGAUUUUCAGCUUCAUGUGUGUGAUGUCUGAGGCUCCAAAUGCUCCUGCUCCUUCUAGCUCUGGAAAAGUUUCAAAUCUGAGUUUUCACCCAUGCUGUGCUAUUUGUCCAGCUCAUGUCCAACUGCUGUUUGCUCUGUAGGUUUGCACAUGUUGAGUUACAGGCGAAGACCUGUCUAAGCCACUUUAGAUUAUAUUUUUGGUAGCUUUUUUAGGUUUUCUGCUUUUCCUGUUUGUGACACACCUUGAAUGUUAGUGGGUUACAUAAUUAUGUGGGACUUUUUAUGUUUUUAGCACUUUUUUGGUUUACUCCUAUGCAAAGAGGUUUUUGUACUGACUGUUUUUUACCUUUAUUUCAAUUUAAGCAUAAGCCUGUUUUGUAUUAAAAUGUUGCAUUCACUUAUUUAUUUUACAAUAACAAGAAUGAAAAUAAUAGUUUAAAUAAAAUGUGUGUUUCUAAAGGAUAAUGGUGCAAUUGUUUGUCACUUGGCUGUCCAAAUCACCUGAGAUUUCAGGCAUGGAUGACACAACACGUUCAGCACCACU